CAGGACAGUUAUUCUGAGUGACGGCCCCUGCACACGCUUCUGAGUGGUUAUCAUGGGCUUCAUUGCCUUUCUGAAAACCCAGUUCAUAGUUCACCUCCUCAUUGGGUUCGUCUUUGUUGUGAGUGGACUGAUCAUUAACUUCAUUCAACUAUGCACACUAGUCCUCUGGCCCAUAAACAAGCAGUUUUAUCGCCGAGUAAACUGUCGCCUUGCCUAUUCGCUUUGGAGCCAGUUGGUAAUGCUGCUGGAAUGGUGGUCAGGCACAGAGUGCACCUUGUUCUCAGACGAGGCCACGGUGAACACCUUUGGGAAGGAACAUGUCAUCAUCAUCUUGAAUCACAACUUUGAAAUCGAUUUCUUGUGCGGCUGGACUAUGACAGAACGCUUUGGAGUGCUAGGGAGUUCCAAAGUUCUUGCUAAGAGAGAGCUACUAUAUGUGCCCCUAAUUGGCUGGACGUGGUACUUCCUUGAGAUUGUCUUCUGCAAAAGGAAAUGGGAAGAAGACAGAGAUACUGUUAUUGAAGGAUUAAAACGUUUGGCUGAUUAUCCUGAAUAUAUGUGGUUUCUCCUGUACUGUGAAGGAACUCGUUUUACAGAGACCAAGCAUCGUAUCAGUAUGGAGGUAGCUGAAUCCAAGGGGUUGCCUAAACUGAAAUACCACCUGUUGCCCAGAACCAAAGGCUUCACCACUGCUGUCCAGUGUCUCAGGGGAACAGUUUCAGCAGUGUAUGAUGUAACACUAAAUUUCAGAGGAAACAAGAACCCGUCUUUAUUAGGAAUUCUUUAUGGAAAGAAAUAUGAAGCAGAUAUGUGUGUAAGGUGA